AUUUUUGAUAUGUUCGCAACAGGAAGUGCAGAUUACGAAUCCACUGGUCAUCACACAAAUAUGUACAAGUAGGUACUGUCUGAUGAAAAGUUUUGAAAAACGAUAUAGCGACCAAGGUAAUAAAUCACUGAAUAGGAACAGACAUUUACGAUAUCAAGAGUGGCAAGUGUCAGACUUAAUUAAAAAAAAAAAAUCAUUGUCGAUCGGCGGGUGGAGUCUUGAAUCACUGAAAACGAUAGACGACAUCGGUGGACCAGAAUGACGUCCAUUUAUCUCUUCUGUGUUGCGAGUGUGAUCAUCUCUUGUGUCUAUUCUCAAUAUGAGGAUUAUCCUCCCUAUUUUAAGGACCAUGAGCCAAGUAUUCCGAAAGUUAAGGAGGGAAACUACACAGAUAACCACACAUAUGUGUUUACUGUGACGGCUUCGGUCCGGAGCAGCCGCGUCAAUGUAACCAUCGAGCCAAUGAAGUCUGAAGAAACAAGUGAUAUGAUACUGUUGAACUGCACUCAUAAAAAUAAUGAUGUCACAUGCCGUGUUUACCUGAUAGCUGCAGUGGAUAGAGAGAGAACACAAACCUUGACAUUCAAGUUUAUUGCAAAAAGCAGUAACGAAAAUGCCCCACCGGGGUACGAAUCUGUGCAGCUGAAUCUUGAAGACGUGAACGAUGAGAGUCCUGUUUUUGAUUCUCCUUCUUAUCAAAUUCUUCUGCCGGAGAAUUAUACGGUGAAUAGUGAAGUGACAGGAGUAACUAUUACAGCUAAAGAUCCUGAUGCUGGGACUGCAGGACAAGUAUUUUUCUCAAUAGAGCCCUCUGGUCAGGCGGCCAAUCUUUAUAGUGGAUAUUUUAAUAUAUCCGACAGCGGAACUUUGUUUUUGAAAAAGGAAUUAGACUAUGAGAAGUUAACGUUCCUACAAUACACUAUCAUAGCUAAGGAUGGGGGCGACGGUUACCAGAGACAUAGCAGUACCGCUGAGUUAUUGGUCAAAGUUGAGGAUGUACAAGACAAACCACCAAUUUUUAUAGGACUUCCGUACGUAAAGUAUGUCCUGGAGAAUUUUAGUGAGGUAAUCUUCGAGGUUCACGCAAUUGAUGGGGAUCUUGGAAUACCAAGAGAUGUCAGUUAUGGUCCUCUAAAUGGUUCCUGUGCAGAUUACUUUAGUAUAAACGACACCGGAGUAAUCACAGCAAAAAAGAAGCUGGAUAGAGACAAGGAUGAAAUAAAAGAUAAUAGAGGAGUCUGCUUUAUUGAAAUUGAAGCUCACGAAGUUGGAGUGACCCCAUCAAAUUUGACGCGGUCUACCACGAAGUUUGCUCUGACGGUUGAAGACAUAAACGAUAAUGCGCCCACCUUCACCAAGGCGAAGUACAAUGGUCGUGUAGACGAGAAUGCAACAAUUUCUAUUUCAUUCGACGAUGAUAUCCAGGUUGAAGAUAUUGAUCAGAAUAAUCACAACAAAAUUCAAGUAACUGUCCACCGUGACCGAAAUAUGACACCCUAUGAUGGAAUUGAAGUUUCGCCAUCGGAAAUAAUUGGAAAAGGAAUAGUUUUACUCCGUGUAAACAACUCAUUUGACUACGAGGAACAAAAGUUUGUGAAAUUGGUGUUGAAGGCCGAAGAUACACAAAACCGCUCCUUGCAUUCCCUUUGUGAUGUUCACAUUGAAAUAGUCGACACAAAUGACAACGAUCCCAAGUUUAUUUCCGAAGAUUAUAAAUUCUACGUCCUCGAAAACAGUUGUUACAAUACGUCUGUUGGCAUCAUCAAGGCGACUGACAGGGACUCUAAUGAGUUUGGAAAAGUAUUUUACCAUGUAAGCGGAACCAAAAACAGAUUUACAGUUAAUGCAACCAGCGGGGAGAUCUUUGUAGCAACAAAAAAAGGCUGUAACUGCACUGGUUCGGAGUGUGAGGACAGCGAUUUGAAUUGGGAGAAAAAUCCGGUUUACUAUUUAACAGCUGAGGCCCAAGACGGAGGAGGCAGACGAUCUUCUGUGCCUGUUGAGAUUCACCUGAUGGACAUAAACGAUAAAGCUCCUCAAUUUAGAUACUCUGAUUAUGAAACAAGUAUCAAGGAAAACAGCACAACAUUUUCCUCCGGGAAAUUGGAGUUUAUUGUUCAGGCAACUGAUGGGGAUGAAAUAAAUUCAAACAACAGUCAAAUCAAUUAUUGUAUCGUGGGUGACAAUGAUGCAUGCAUGAGUCACACCCAUUUCCAUGUAAAUGGAACCGGAUCCGUUUUGUGUAUUAAAGCACUAGAUUAUGAAGACUUACCCGUAUCAUCCAGAGGAAAAGCAGGAGAGCUUAGAUUGAAAAUAAAAGCAUAUGAUAAUGGAAACCCAAUUCUAUACUCCACAGUCAACCUGACAAUACUUGUGCAGGAUGAAAACGACAACAAUCCAACUUUCAACCAAACACAUAAGGGUUAUGUUGAAGAAAAUUCGGAAAAGGGAACAUCGGUUUUAACAGUAUCCGCUUACGAUGCUGACGGAACAUCUCCAAACAAUGAAAUAUCGUACUUCAUUUUUUCUGGAGGAUCGGAUCAAUUUAGCAUGGACGGCUCUUCUGGGGUGAUAUCAGUUCAGCAUGGUGCGAUGUUGGAUACAGAAAGAGUGCCGAAAUACGAUAUCACUGUCAUUGCCAUAGAUAGAGGAAAUCCACAAAGGAAUGGGACAACAAAUGUUACCGUUGUUGUUCUUGACGUUAAUGAUACGCCUCCGAGGUAUUUGAAUCUCCCCAAUAAAAUAGAGGUUCAAGAAAAUGACACUGAAAAAGUUGCUGUAUUCAACGUGUCUUGUAUUGACAAUGAUACUGAUUCAGAAUUGGAGUACAUUAUUCAGGUUGCAGAGGUGUGUUAUAUCGACGGACGAAAGGCAAACGAUACAGAACUAGUUAAUUUCAAGAACUACUUUGUUAUUGAUAAAUCAACUGGAGUUAUAUCAAGCUCUCCAAAGGUUGAUGCUGAGACUGUGAAAAGAAUUGUCUUAAACGUGACUGUCGUUGACAUUAAAACAGCGUCUACGUACGAAAAUUCAACCAUGGCACAACUUACACUCAGCAUAACAGACAAGAAUGAUAAUCCGCCUAUCUUUCUGCAAAAAUCAUUGUCUGUUGGAAUUUUAAGAGACUCUGGUAUUAGCACUGUGGUCUUUGAUUUAAAAGAAAAAGUCAGUGAUGCUGAUUCAAGUGUCCAGAACAGGAUACAUACGUUCUACUAUAAUGUAUACAAAGAUCUUGAUAACAAUAAAGUAGGAUCGGGAUGCAGUCAUUCAUUUUGUGUGACGAUAAAUGGUACCGUGUACUCCAAUGUACUGUUUACGGGAAGGGGUUACGCCAAGAUCAAUAUAACAGUGAAUGAUACAGCAGGAACCGAUUACACAAUAUUGGACAUCUACGUUAUAGACGAAUCCCAACAGCUCUCAAUGCAUUUUCUAAUGCAAACAAAUGCGGUUUAUCAAGUAAAAGAUACAGUACUGAAGAAACUGUCGCAAGUCUUAGGCUAUAAAUGUGUGUUUGAUAAAAUCGAGCAGUUUAUGGAUAAUAACAACAAUCUCAAGGAACACGAGUCUUUGUUGACAUUCCACGUUUUAGACGAACCAACGAAUACAGUGUUGGAAGCCGCAAGUGUUGAAAGCCUUUUAGAUAAAAGAGGUGACAGUUUGAAGGGCUUACGUGACGAGUUUGCAGUUCAAGCAAUUGGAGCAUUAACAAUAAAGGACCCGAUAACAAAUGAGAACAAAAUCAAAGAGACAUACAUCCUGGUGGCAGUUAUCGUUCUUCUUGCGCUAAUUCUCGGCAUCAUUAUUUACUUCUAUAUAGUGUCUAACACACGAUUUAAGAGAAAACUAAAAGCUGCUACUAUACCAACAGCGGAAAAGAACAAAGAUAACCUUGGACAACCAUAUCUUCCGGGAAGCAAUAUAUUUUCUUCAACUAAAAACCCCUUGGUAGAUAAAGAUGAUGAGGUCAAGCGUAGAAUAAAUGACCUGGUGGAUCGUGCAAGUCUAGCCGGAAGUGAAAACUCCUUAGACUAUAAUGAAGUUGAGUAUGCCAAACGUAACCGUGACAACGACAAUCCAGUUGAGGAAAAGGAAGUGACCAUGGAUAUGUAUGGGGAUGAUGACGUUAUCCAAAAUGACUCUGACGAUGACCUUAUGCUCCUAAAGCAAGCAGUAAAGCAACAUGAAAAAACAGCGCCGGUACCCCACGACAUGGACUGUAACGAUCGGUUCGAUGUAAUGAAUGGAAAAGUCAAUGAAAGCUACGAAAUAGUGGAAUCCACAGAUGUCUAAAAUGUACUUCAUCAGAUUUUGCUCUUGAAAACGACGUUGAGUUGAUUUCUUUUCAACUUUUUUAAUUUGAAAAUAGUUUAUGUUAAAAACAACAUUAUUUUUUUUUAUUAUUUAGUACUUUCACAGUGAUGAAUUUGUCUAAAUUAUCAGAUAUUGCAUAGAAAAUAUCACAUCAUAUAUUAUACAGGUUCCUUUGACGUGAAAACGGGAAGAACCUUUCCAAAGUAGCACAAACAGAAUUAUAAUUUCUUUUAAAUUCAUUGCUUAGUUACGUGAUUUAAUUAUUGUAAAUGGAAGCAUGCAUGCAUAUUUUAAAGUGGGAAUUUUUUACCAUACAUCUUUGCUUGGUUCAACUCUGUAGCAUAUUUCAUGUUCGCAGAAUAAACAUCCUUCUUUCAAACAGUC